UCUCACAUGACUCUUUCUUGUGACCAACAUUCCAGACUUGUAGAUUUUCCCCUUUUUUCUAACACAGUAACACCGAGAGCUCGAAGGAAAAGUCACGUUAGGGGAUUAUUUAGUUAGUUUGAUGUUAAAACCGUGAGUUUUCCCACUAAAAGGAGAUCCAGAAGUGCUGAGCUUUUAGCAGUCUUUUCCCUUUGCGGUGUUUGGGCUCCACUCAGGGAUGGAUGGAGGACGGAGGAUGAAGUGUCUCUGAUAAAGGUCCAGUUUUCUCAGCACUGAGUUUCUGAAUCUCUCUGAGUCACUGAUGGCUGAGACACGACUCACAGAAAGCUCACGCUGCAGUUGUUUCUUCCUGUAUGAUCGCUCUAAAGUUCGGGGCGAAGGCGAUCUGACACGUGCUGGCAUCUGCUACUACUACCCGGAACACACUCCAUUAGAUCAGCAGGAGUUGGUGUGUGGUCAGCUUGCUGGUGUGAGUCGCUGUGUGUCAGAGAUUUCAGCGUCUCCAGUCCGUCUGCUCCGUCUGCGCAAGACCAAAUACGCCAUCCGCAUGAGAGACGAUUUCCUCUGGGCCCUGAGUUGUGUAAAUGAUCUUCCAGAUGUCAGUGUGUGUGAGAUUCUGGAUCAGAUAAUUGAUCUGUUCUGUUUCUAUAAUGGCUCUGUGCGUCUCAGCUAUCAGCUUCACACUCAGGAGGAACUGGCUGUACACUGGGCUCGCUACCUCUCCCACCUGCAGGGUGGCGCUACUGAGCUCCACCACAUCUUCACCUGCCUCACGACCAUCGACUACACACAUAUUGAUCCGUUGUUGUUGCUGAAGGCUGCUCUGAUUCUGCAGGCAUGUCAGCGCUGCCCCCUGGUGUUAGCAGGCUGCAUCCUCUACUGUGGCAGAAUGGUGAGUACGCAGAUGUCUCCAGAGCUGACGAUGAAGGUAAUGGUGCAUGACACAGAGACGUACAGCCUGCAGGAACAGAAGAAGCCAGCCAGUGGGAGAAGCUCAUUUCUGGCCACACCCCAUUCCAGCACAACCACAACAUCAGUAUUUCUGAAGCCUUCUGAGCUGCACACACUGCGCUGCCCUCUAGUGGACAAUUCCACAUCCUGCAGAUCUGAAUCUCCUGAACGACCAGUAAAGCCCCGUCUCCUUUCUCGCACUCUCUCUGACAUUCCAAUUACUAACCCAUCAUCCAGUCAGAUGGUGACAUCCUCCGCUGACUCCUCCCUUUCUGAUGAUGCAGACUUCAGCUUGUGUCCCUCGUUAACCAGCACGCCUUUUCGCUCCAGCAUGGCGAGCCAGCCAGGAGACAUAGACACUGCUGAGUCACAUGCUCACGCCAUUGCCAAUGAGAUGCUUCUGUUUGAAGGUUCAGCACCUGAUAAAGGUGACGACAACGAGCAGGAGAAGGUGGAUGAUGUCAGUGGCAGGUAUCAGAAUCACAGCAGCAAUGGUGAUAAGGAGGAGCAAGCAAAUAACUUCCGAGAGAGGAGGAGCGACGAAGAGGAGGAGUCUAUGGGGGUGUGUGAUCAGAGUGACGUGGUUUUUGAGCCCAUGCUUCUGUAUGAACACCGUGUCAGAGGGCUCGUACUCAUACUGCUGGUGGAACCUGGCUUCAACACACAUCCUAACGCCAAACAGGAAGUGUACCACAGCAGUAUGGCAUCUCUGAAUGGGCUUGAAGCUCACCUGAGAACGAUCCCACCUGCAUCUGAGAUCCCUGUGGUGCCGUACACUUUUGCCCACUACGACCGCAUCCAGAACACACUCACCACGAAUAUGCGUGGCCAUUCUACAGGACCUCAGGAUCGUCUGUUUGUGAAAGCCACAGCUCUGCUGCACUCAAAAUUCUCACAUGAGGACAUGCUGCAGGAAGCCAUUAUCAGGAGCGCUGGCUGUGCUCUAUAUGCUUCUCGCACCGCAGCUCAUGAGACCUUCUUCGUCCAGCAUGGGGUCCCCUCAAGGAAUUCUGGGAUACCGAACAGCCAGGACAGUGCCUUCUCUCUGCCCAGUAAAGCUCGCCAUCGCUUACUCAAACAUGGAGUCAGCCUGGUCUGAGCUACUGACUCUCUCUCUCUCUCUCACACACACACACACACACACACACACACACACACACGAUUAUUCAUUACCUUUACACAGGGGUUCAGUGUAUUAUCUAUGUAGUAACUAAUAAACUAGCACCCCAGUGUAUGUGCACUACGUAGGGCAUGAAGCAAAGUCUCCUACGCACUACAUAGUGUCUAAAUUCACUCUCUACAGUGUUCUGAGUUCUGAGGUUAUCUGUUCAAUACCUCAACCUCAACAUUCCCUCUCUCUGAUGAGUAUUUGAUAUACAACAUUAUUAAUAGGGUAUUAAACUGUAGCUCUGGUUCGUCCUAAAGCAGACAUGUUUAUUUUUUUCUUACGAUUGUGUAUGUAGUUUAUUUACAGGUCCACAUUUCAAGUUAAGGGUAACCUGGAACAUGAUAAAGUUCUGUUUGCUACCCUAAUUUUCCAGAGAGUGUAAAAGCAUGUUGUAGUUUUAAAGCUUAUUUGUAAUAAAUGAUAAAUAAAGAUAAUGUUUGCAGUGUU